AUGGCAGGCACUCAAAGUCUUGUGAACGAGCUUGUCACUAAGCUUAAGAAACGGAAGGUGGAGGGCUCACAGGCAACUGCUCUACUGACAGCAGAGUUGCUUCGGUCGGUCAUAUCCCAGAUGAAGGUACCACAAACCAGCCAGGCUGCAACCCUUAUUGAAGCUAUAAAAAGUGUGGGAGAGCAGCUCAUUGCUGCUAAUCCUGUUGAGCUUGCUGUUGGGAACAUUGUAAGGCGUGUUUUGCACAUAAUUAGAGAGGAGGAUUUUUCAAUUGCGACAAAUGCUCUUGGAGGACUGAUGUCAUCUGCUUGCGAUGAUAACAAAGAUACUGGUGAACAGAAAGAUUUCCAAGUUCAAACUGUGGCUGCUUUUGCUCCAGGACGCACAUUGCGCCCCCUUCAUUGCAUGCCCUUCUUGACCGCACACGUUUUGCUGAAAGCAUAUUUCUCAAGGAGCAACAAAAUGUCUAGCAAAAGCAGUAUUCACUAUAAAGUAGUUUUACGUUUGGUGUGUAAUGGUAUGUUAUCCCUUGCAGCAGCUGAUAGAAACACAAAGAGCUGGAAAUUGAAGCAUGAUGUGAUAGAGGCAGUUAAUGAACUCAUCGAAGAUAUAAACAAUUGCUACGAACAGAUUGCAGAACGGGCAGUGGAGCUUAUUCAUCAAAAUGAGGUGAUUUUAACUUUCGGUCGUUCAAGAACUGUGAGGGAAUUCCUAUGUGCUGCAAAAGACAAAAGAAGAUCAUUUCAGGUUUUUGUUGCCGAAGGAGCUCCGAAGUAUCAGGGGCAUGCCCUUGCAAAAGACCUGGUAGCAAGAGGCUUACAGACUACAGUCAUUACUGAUUCAGCAGUUUUUGCUAUGAUUUCUCGAGUGAACAUGGUUGUAGUUGGAGUUCAUGCUGUGAUGGCUAAUGGCGGUGUCAUAGGUCCAGUUGGGUUGAACAUGGUUGCACUUGCUGCCAGGAAGCAUGCUGUUCCAUUUGUUGUGGUUGCUGGUACUCAUAAGCUUUGUCCAUUGUAUCCGCAAAAUCCAGCAGUCUUGCAAAAUGAAAUGAGAUGUCCAUCAGAACUCUUGCAGUUCGGGGAAUUCUCAGAUUGCAUGGACUUCAGUGUUGGCAGUGGCACUCCUCUACUUAAUGUUGUCAAUCCUGCAUUUGAUUAUGUGCCACCAGAGCUUGUCAGUCUAUUCAUUACCGACAUACGAUUUGAAUCUGCAAAAGAAAACCACCUCUUGAAAGGGGUUCCUCCUUCAAUCCCUUGGGUGCUCCUUUCUCGGUUAAGUGGCUUCUCCAUGCCGCUGCCUGAUGGGAAUGGAAUGGGAGCACAUGACUGGAUUUGGUCAUCUGAAUAUGACAUUCAGUCAUUACCAGAAAAGAGUAAAACACAUCCUACCAUAACUCAAUGA